UAUCGCCCACGUCCACCUGGUGCCGAUGGCGGCGUAAAGACACCGUUGCAGCCCAAAUCCGUGAAUGCCGUUGAUCGCCUAGCCAAACCAUUCAAGUGCCCCGGAUCAGCGACACCGACAAGAGCUUCAGAGAAACCAUCAAGGAAGAGACGAAAGGUCAACUAUGCCAAUGCCGACGGCAGCGUCGACGACGGAGCGGAGAAGCCAUACACAAACGAUGACCGACUCGCCCUGGCGACACGGGAGGUGAAUCGAUUCCCGGCCUUCAAGCCCAAGGAUAAGGAUGUGGCUUUCAGGACACGAUUCCGAAUCCCAUUAAUAGACCAAAAUACCGAAGGCUACAACCCCGACCGGCCAGCGCCGACAUUGGGUCUACGGACAGGUGCGAUUUUUGUGGCCAAGCCACUGCACGACCCGAGCGGUGAAUUUGCCAUUGUUCUCUAUGAUCCUACCAUUGAUGACAUCCCCGAGGAGCCUAAGCCAAAAGAGCUGGAAGGGCCAAAAGAAGCAGACGCGGCACCGGAAUUGGAUGAGCCCCUGGUACAUAAAAGUUUGGCAGAUAUUCUUGGUCUGAAGAAAAAGGUUGAAGAUAGACCAAAAGUGCCCGUCGUGAUUGACCCGCGACUUGCAAAGGUUUUGCGACCACAUCAGAUCGAGGGUGUGAAGUUUCUAUAUAGAUGUACAACUGGACUGAUCGAUAAGAACGCCAAUGGAUGUAUUAUGGCUGAUGGUAUGGGGCUGGGAAAGACACUCCAAUGCAUUUCUUUAAUGUGGACAUUGCUUAAGCAAGACCCCGAGGCUGGCAAAACAACUAUCCAAAAAUGUGUCAUUGCUUGCCCUUCUAGUUUAGUCGGAAACUGGGCCAACGAACUAGGGAAAUGGCUGGGGAAAGAUGCCACUACUCCCUUCGCUAUAGACGGCAAGGCUUCCAAAGCAGAGCUCACUCUCCAGGUCAAGCAAUGGGCAAUAGCAUCGGGCCGUGGAAUUGUUCGUCCUGUUCUGAUCGUAUCCUAUGAGACUCUCCGCAUGUACGUGGAUUGCUUAAAGGACCAUCCGAUCGGUCUGCUUCUUUGCGACGAGGGACAUCGACUCAAGAACAAGGAAAGUUUGACAUGGGUGGCUUUGAACAGUCUCAGCGUCAGUCGUCGCGUUAUCCUUUCAGGAACACCAAUUCAGAACGAUCUUUCUGAAUACUUUGCCCUGCUCCAUUUCGCCAACCCUAACUUACUAGGUUCGCAAAAUGAAUUCCGCAAACGUUUUGAACUGCCAAUUCUCCGAGGUCGCGAUGCUGCGGGUACCGACGCGGAUAAAAAGCUAGGCGAUGAGCGCCUACUUGAACUCUCCACCGUUGUUAAUAAGUUCAUCAUUCGACGAAGCAACGACAUUCUGUCAAAAUACUUGCCUGUCAAAUACGAACAUGUUGUUUUCUGCAAUAUGGCCCCGUUCCAGCUGGAUCUCUACAAUCACUUUAUCCAGAGUCCAGAAAUUCGAAGUUUGCUACGAGGAAAAGGUAGCCAGCCUUUGAAAGCAAUCGGCCUUUUGAAAAAGCUCUGCAAUCACCCCGAUCUUCUUGACUUGGCAAACGACCUUCCUGGAUGCGAAGGCGCAUAUCCGGAAGACUUCACCCCACCCGACGCUAGGGGUCGCGAUAGAGAGGUCAAGAGUUGGUACUCGGGCAAAAUGAUGGUCCUUGACCGUAUGCUCGCUCGAAUCAGACAAGACACAAACGACAAGAUUGUUCUCAUCAGUAACUACACUCAAACCCUGGACCUCUUUGAGAAGUUGUGUCGCUCACGCGCCUAUGGCUGCUUACGAUUGGAUGGUACUAUGAACAUCAAGAAGCGAUCAAAGCUGGUUGAUAAGUUUAAUGAUCCGGAAGGGCCCGAGUUUGUUUUUCUCCUGAGCAGCAAGGCUGGUGGAUGUGGUCUCAACUUGAUUGGAGCCAACCGACUGGUUCUCUUUGACCCGGAUUGGAAUCCAGCUGCUGAUCAGCAGGCCUUGGCUCGUGUGUGGCGUGAUGGGCAAAAGAAAGACUGUUUCGUCUAUCGCUUCAUUGCGACUGGGUCUAUCGAAGAGAAGAUUUUCCAACGCCAGUCCCACAAACAGUCCCUAUCAUCUUGUGUUGUGGAUGCAGCGGAAGACGUGGAACGCCACUUUUCCCUUGAAUCCUUACGAGAGCUGUUCCAAUUCAAGCCCGAGACACGCAGUGAUACGCACGACACAUUCAAAUGCAAGCGGUGCCGACCAGACGGUACCCAGUAUAUUAAAGCGCCGGCCAUGCUCUAUGGAGAUACGAGCUCGUGGAAUCACUUCGUCAACGAUGGUGAAAAAGGGCCGCUAAACCAGAUCCAAGAUCUAUUGAUACGGCAAGAGGUUGGCGAGAGAGACGUCUCCGCCGUCUUCCAGUACAUUAGUCACUGA